AUGAGUGUGCCUAUGCCCGAUCUUUCCAACGCAAUUGUCGCUCAAGAUGAAAUGGGUAGACCAUUUAUCAUCGUUAGAGACCAAGGUAACAAGAAAAGACAGCAUGGGAUCGAUGCUAAGAAAUCACAUAUCCUAGCUUCUAGAUCCGUGGCUUCGAUCAUUAAGACCUCUUUGGGUCCUCGUGGGUUGGAUAAGAUCUUAAUCUCGCCAGAUGGCGAGAUUACCAUCACUAACGAUGGUGCCACCAUUCUUUCCAGAAUGGAAUUGGAUAACGAAAUCGCCAAGUUGUUGGUCCAAUUGUCCAGGUCGCAGGACGAUGAAAUUGGUGAUGGUACCACCGGUGUUGUCGUACUAGCUUGUGCCUUGUUGGAUCAAGCGUUAGAUUUGAUCGAGAAAGGUGUUCAUCCGAUUAAGAUCGCUAAUGGGUUUGACAAGGCUUCUCAAAUCGCCAUCGCGCAUUUGGACUCUCAAGCUGAUGAUAUCUCUGCUUCUGCAACACAGGAGGAAUUCAAAAGUUACUUGUUCAAGGCGGCAAAGACUUCAUUGGGGUCCAAGAUCGUUUCUAAGGAUCACGAUUUGUUUGCUCAAAUGGCCGUUGAUGCGAUUACCACGGUUAUGGAUUCGAAUAGAAGGGACGUUGAUUUCGAUUUGAUCAAAUUAGAAGGACGUGUUGGUGGAUCUUUGAAAGACUCUAAGCUUAUUAAAGGUGUCGUUAUAGAUAAGGAUUUCUCUCAUCCUCAAAUGCCCAAAUCAUUAGAAGGCGAUUUGAAGUUGGCUAUUCUAACUUGCCCCUUCGAACCUCCAAAACCAAAGACGAAACAUAAAUUGGAUAUUUCAAACGUUAAAGAAUUCGAACUGUUACAGAAGUACGAAUUGGAUAAAUUCAAAGAGAUGAUCGAUCUAGUCAAGAAAUCAGGUGCUAACGUUGUCAUCUGCCAAUGGGGGUUCGAUGAUGAGGCUAACCAUUUACUCUUGCAAAACGAAUUACCAGCUGUUAGAUGGGUUGGAGGUCAAGAAUUAGAAUUGAUUGCCAUUGCCACCAAUGGUCGCAUUGUACCAAGAUUCCAAGAUUUAUCUGAAGACAAGUUGGGUACUUGCGGGAAAAUAUACGAAAUGGAGUUCGGUACCACUAAGGAUCGUAUGUUAGUCAUCGAAGAAUGUGCCAACUCCAAGACUGUCACAUGUUUCCUACGUGGGUCCAACAGAAUGAUUGUAGAUGAGGCUAAACGUGCUUUACAUGAUUCCCUAUGUGUGGUACGUAAUUUGAUCCGUGAUUCUAGAGUUGUGUACGGUGGUGGUGCCGCAGAAGUAACAAUGUCCUUGGCUGUAUCAGAUGAAGCUGACAAACAACGUGGUAUUGACCAAUACGCUUUCCGUGCAUUCUCAAACGCUUUGGAUCAAAUCCCAAUGAUUUUGGCUGAAAACUCAGGUCUGGAUCCAAUCGAAACUCUAUCCCUAUUGAAGAGUAAACAAUUGAAAGAAAAAUCUGCCAAUAUCGGAGUAGACGCUCUAGGAAGGGGUUCUAACGAUAUGAAGGAACUAUUUGUCGUUGAUCCUUUAAUCGGAAAGAAACAACAAAUCCUAUUAGCUACCCAACUCUGUAGAAUGAUUCUAAAGAUCGAUAACGUUAUCACCAGCGGAAAGGACGAAUAUUGA